CAAGCAGAGGUGCAUGAAAAUUGAGAUGGAGAGGAAGCGACAAAAUGGGAGCGUGUCGACCAUGCUACCGGUAAGUCGCCGGCCACGUGCUCUCCAUGGUCUAAAACCUCCCCGCCACACGCCCAGUUGAGAUCAGGGUGUGCCAGCCCUAAUUUCCCACCAUUUUCCUCUAUUUCUUUCUUUCAUAAUCUACCAGUUUCUCCCCUUUCUCCCUCUCCCUCUAGCAAUUCCCCUGUUCCAAACAUCGCCUGCUUCUUUGGUUCCUAGAAGUCUGUAGAAGAUCAUGGUUUCUGAAGUUCCUUCACAGCUGGUUGUCGAAACUGAUGGUACAGUUGUGCCUUCGAUAUCUAGGAAUUGUCCUGGUAAGAAAAAUAAGGUGAAAGUUCCUAAGAAAAUUCACAAGGCUGAGAGGGAGAAGUUGAAGCGCGAGCAUUUAAAUGAUCUCUUCCUUGACCUCGCAAAUGCACUUGAGCUGACAGAACCGAACAAUGGAAAGGCAGCUAUAUUAUGUGAAGCAAGUCGACUGCUCAAAGACUUGUUUUCUCAGAUUGAGUGCCUCAGAAAGGAGCAGACAUCGUUAUUAUCUGAAUCCCGAUAUGUCAACAUUGAGAAGAAUGAGCUGCGAGAAGAGACGUCUGAUUUAGCAUCUCAGAUUGAGAAACUGCAAAGUGAGUUACAAUCAAGAUCUGUACGUUCUAAACCAGACUUAAAUAAUCCCCCACCUGCAGAAUUUCUGGAACGAGAAACAACAAUAUCAAAUUUCUCAGGGGAAUGCCUUGGAUUGCCUGUUAUGGAACCCACAUUACAGCAAACACAUGCCGUUUUUAUCGUCCCCGUGCAGCCAGAUCUCCCAUCUUAUCCAGCAACGGAUGCAGCUCAUGCCCCAACAAUGCCUACCUCACAUGUAAGCAAACCACAUCCCAGAUAUCCAACGCCAGCCGACUCGUGGCCUGCUGGACUUCUCAAAUUGUCACAAACAAACGAAGCAGGUAAAGAGGUUUUAGGCAUUGGUUGCAAGAGCAUUGCAGAUAUGGGAGAAAGAGGUUCUGACAGAAGUGAGAGUUGAUUUUUUGUAGUGACCUCUUGUGUGUCUAUAACUCAGGUGCCCUCAGUAGAUGAUUUUUGGUAUAAGUUUAGAGUGACCAAUGGAUUCACCUGUGUUUUAGGAACUGUCUAUUAGUAGGAUGUUAGAUUCGAACAACGUUCGAAACAUGGUCUGGUUUCUGGCUUUCUCCCACAUAGCGUCAAAGAACCAAAGCCAUCCUUAGAUCGAAUGGCAUACUUUAGAAUCUUUAGUUUUUGACCCUGAAACAAGUUAUCUGUACCAAAGCUGGUAAGUUAUGAAAUAAAAGAAGAUAUUGGGAUGAUGUGAACAAAAUUGCUGAGAUCUUACGUUAUCUCGGGGAAUACGAGGCUGACCACCAGUUUCACUUUGUUCGGAGCUCUUGGAAUUUUCCCAGUCAAGCUCAAACCACAAGCUUUAUGGGAAUCUGAGACAAAAAAAAAGGCAGUAUUGUGAGUUCGAGAAGGCUUACUUUACCUCCCUUGUCACUAUGUGGAAACUCUUACUUGAUGGACCCUUUGCUUUCACCGCUCCCAAAGGACCAAACGAAGAACAGUUCUUAGCUUCUCAAGUAUUCAAAUAUCGAGAUUCAGUCAUGUUUUUUGAAGUUAUGUCAUCUGUAAAGUGGUUGUAUCAAACUUUGUAAUAAUAACAUUCAAGCAUGUUUUUUGAACACAUUCGUAUGAUCAUUGCCACCACCAAAUGUUUAUUGAAUUGUAAUAUUUUAUAUA